AUGGUUGUGGCUAGUUGGAAACUUUUGAUUGGGAUACUUGAAUUACUUGGAUUAAGUUGGACAGGCGAGGUAGAAAAUAUAUCAUCGAAUAUAAUAAAUAAAAGGAGCUUUGAAGAACAUGUUCGACACGACGUAGAUGAUGAAAAUAACCAAGUAUUUAUUCCUGUGGUAACUUUUACAGAAUUCGAUUUAAAAGAAUUAAAAGAGCUUGCACCUCUUAAACAACUUCGCAUAAUAUGUGCAGGAGUGUGGCACAAUGCUGUCUUAUUUCUUUUGGGUACACUUAUGCUUAGUUCUGGGAUAUUGACGAUGUUUAUGGGCUACACUUCUUGGAGGCUAGUGGACGGUUUCGGAGUCAGUGUCGUUUCUGUUGAAAGAGAUACUGCAUUGUCUGCUUAUUUAAAACCUUCAAUGUUGAUAACGAAAUUAGAUGAUUACGAUUUAUCAGAGUCAUCAUUAGAUAGUUGGAAUGAUUAUCUUUUACAAAAUGAAAGACUGGAUCUUGACCCUAUAGGAUUUUGUGCUUCAAGAAGGGAUGCGACAUCAUUGGAUUGUUGUGAUAUUUCUGCAGAACAUCCUUAUGGAAAUGCAAAAGAUAAUAUAACAACAUGUUUUAAAAGAAUUGAUGAAAACAAUGCGCAUAAACAGUUGAAAUGUUUGCCCACAAUACCAAUUCUCGUAAAUAUUGAUGUACAACGUUGCCUUCGUGAUAUCGACUGUCCAUCUGGAUCGUCAAUGUGCGUUUUACCAUACACACCAAAAGGUUAUCCGAAACCUUUAAGAAUAUUUUAUAAAGAUGCACCAUGGGUUCAAGAAAAUAAUGAACAGGAGAAACUUGUAUUAUAUCUUGGAGAACUUGUUGAUGUGUGGGAAAUUG